CACCAUGUCAGUGACCUACAUCUAGCCAUGCUAACUACUCCUACCCACGUCGCCUCGCUCGGCGUCCCCGGCAAAAUGCACCCCAAAACCCACCUCCUCCUCUUCCUCCUCGCGGCCCUCGCCGCCGGCGAAGCCUCAGCGGCGGCCACCACGCUCACGGCCACGCCGGCGAAGCUCGCGCAGUCCGACAGCCAGAUCACGAUCCGGUGGUCGGGCCUCCCGGACCCGGACGGCCUCGAUUACGUGGGCAUCUACUCGCCGCCGUCCUCCUCCGACCGCGACUUCCUCGGCUACCUCUUCCUCAACGGCUCCGCCACCUGGCGCACGGGCUCCGGGGAGCUCACCCUCCCGCGCCUCCCCAACCUGCGCGCCCCCUACCAGUUCCGCCUCUUCCGCUGGCCCGCCAGGGAGUACUCCUACCACCACAUCGACCACGACGGCAACCCUCUCCCCCACGGCCGCCACCGCGUCGCCGCCUCCGGGGACGUCGCCUUCGAGUCCCCCGCCCGCCCCGACCAGGUGCACCUCUCGUUCGCCGAUGGGGCCGACGAGAUGCGGGUCAUGUUCGUCUGCGGCGACGCCGGGAAGAGGGUGGUCAGGUACGGGCCCGGGAAGGAGGAGGGGGCGGGCUGGAAGGAGGUGGACACGGAGGUGAGGACGUACGAGCAGAAGCACAUGUGCGACUCGCCGGCGAACAGCAGCGUCGGGUGGAGGGAUCCCGGGUUCGUCUUCGAUGGCCUCAUCAAGGGAUUGGAGCCCGGGAAGAGGUACUUCUACAAGGUUGGUAGUGACUCUGGAGGAUGGAGUGAUACUUACAGCUUCAUUUCACGUGACAGUGAGGCCAAUGAAACCAUUGCAUUCCUAUUUGGUGACAUGGGCACUUAUAUACCAUACAACACCUAUAUACGUACCCAAGAAGAAAGCUUGUCAACUGUAAAGUGGAUACUUCGUGAUAUUCAAGCUCUUGGUGAUAAACCUGCAUUUAUUUCACACAUUGGGGACAUCAGCUAUGCUAGAGGUUAUGCUUGGGUAUGGGAUCACUUCUUUAGCCAGAUUGAACCUAUUGCUGCCAAUACUCCAUACCAUGUCUGCAUAGGAAACCAUGAGUAUGAUUGGCCAUCGCAACCUUGGAAACCAUGGUGGUCCUCUGGUAUAUAUGGGACAGACGGUGGAGGUGAAUGUGGCAUACCUUACAGUGUAAAGUUCAGAAUGCCUGGAAAUUCUUUUGUGCCUACUGGCACUGGAGCUCCCGACACCCGGAAUCUUUACUAUUCCUUUGAUUCAGGUGUUGUGCAUUUUGUUUACAUGUCAACUGAAACUAAUUUUGUUGAGGGCAGUGACCAACUCAAAUUCUUAAAAGCUGACCUUGAGAAGGUCAACCGAAGUAGAACUCCUUUCAUUGUAUUUCAGGGCCACCGGCCCAUGUAUACAACAAGCAAUGAAGCUAGGGACUUUGCUCACAGACAGCAGAUGAUCCAACACCUGGAACCACUCUUGGUGACAUACAAAGUGACCCUUGCACUCUGGGGACAUGUCCACAGGUACGAGAGGUUCUGCCCCAUGAAAAACUUCCAAUGUUUCAACAUGUCAUCAAGUUUCGUAUACCCUGGUGCUCCUGUUCAUCUUGUGAUCGGGAUGGGUGGUCAAGAUUAUCAACCAUUCUGGCAACCAAGGCAUGACCACCCUGAUGUUCCUGUCUAUCCGCAGCCUGAGAGAUCCAUGUACCGUGGUGGUGAAUUUGGUUACACGAAACUUGUAGCUACAAAGGAGAAGCUAACACUAAUGUACGUCGGAAACCAUGAUGGGCAAGUCCAUGAUAUGGUCGAGAUAUUCUCUGGACAAGUAUCUAGUAACAGUGAUGCUACUGAGGUGGUCGAUGAUACAAAGCUCAGCACAGGGGUAAGCACCAAACUGAAAAUUCCUCUGGUGUCCUUGGAAAUCGUAGGCAGCGCUGUGCUUGCACUGGUUCUCGGUUUCUCUUUUGGAUUUCUGAUUAGAAGGAAGAAAGAAGCUGCACAGUGGACCCAAGUGAAGAACGAGGAGUCCUAAAAUCACAGAUGCCAUCUAUAUCUAUUUCAAAUUGUUUUUGCUCAGUAACCUAUUUAUAGGACUCUGCCCCAACACAAUGGUUUCAUUUCAGCAUUUCUUGGGGCUCUACAGUGUUUGUAUUAUAGUGCACAGAGCAUUAGAGUGUAUAGGUCUGCAGAGUUGGAUCAGCAUGUCUGUUGCCGUAAUUCUGUAAUGUAUAAGCUUUUAAUAAGUGGCAUGAUGUUCAUAUCGACCAACAUCAUUUGGUCGGUUUGACCGUAUGAGUGGUUCACCUGUACCAUAACGUAAUACACAAUUCAUCGUUUGUUCAUUUGUAAUUUUUCUGUUUGGUACUAAAGUAAUAGAGAAACUGUAUUAUGCAA